AUGGCGGGCAUUCGUGUUCGGUAUUCUUGUGAUGAAGCGUCCUUUACUCGUUUCAACCCAGUCUCACUGCACUUAGCAAGUAUUGAGGUUGUGGUGAUGAGUAAUGACAGCCACCGUAAUUUUCAAUUGUCUAUGACAGAAAAUGAGGGUUGGGAUGGGGCUGUUUCAAAGAAAGAGAAAGAAGCUGCAAAGUUCUUCGAAGAAGAAAAGAAAGAGGUGAGGUACAUUGAGCCCACAGUAUUACUGGAUCCUCCCGUGCAAUCUACAAUCAUGACUGAUGAAAUUUUUGGCACAUUGCGCCCUAUCAUAACAUUCGAUAAAAUUGAGAACAGUAUUGAAUUUAUCAACGGAAGGCCUAAGCCACUUACUAUAUAUGCCAUUACCAAAAAUGAAGAGUUCAAAAGAAAGAUUACAAAAGGAACCUCUUCAGGAAGUUUGUAUGCAGCUGAUACCCUUCCAUUUGGAGGAGUAGGACAAAGUGGCUUCGGAAGAUACCAUGGAAAAUUUUCAUUUGAUACAUUUAGCCAUGAAAAAGCAAUAGCAAGAAGGAGCUUUCUUACAGACAUUUGGUUUAGAUAUCCUCCUUGGAGUGAUCAUACACUACAACUCUUUAGAUUUGCUUUUAUAUAUGAUUAUCUUAGUGUAGAUCUUAUUACACUAGGACUAAAAAGGGCUUGA